AUGAGCAACAUAGAUCAACAGUUGCCGGAAAUAGACGAGAAAUUAGCGUCGAUGAAAACGCAGGUCGACGAGAUCGUCGGCGACGUCGAGAACCUGUCCGUGGACUACGCGGAAAUUCUGUCUCCGGACGAGUUCCAUGAUCUGUUGAGCAGUCGCGAUCAGUUGCUAGAGAACUACUCGGCAAUUCAAUGCCAAGUGAAGUCUCUUGUCGAAACACUCGUCCCCACGGUCGAUCUGCGUCAACGUCUGGACUCUCAAGAAUCGGCAUGCUUCAUGUGUUUGGACGAAGUGCAAAGGUUCGCCGACGAACAGGACAUUGGACCAUUAGAAGCUCUUCCGUCGAAGCUCGCCUCGCUACAGGAAACACUGGAGAAAAUAAAGGAGAAACGAACUCAGAUGACAAAGUUCAACGACUUCGCGAAGGAGUACGAGUCAGCACUUAAAGAGUACCUGGUCGAGAUGAACGUCGUUCGCAAGCUGUCGGGCUCCCUGGAGCCAGUCAACUAUUCGAAUUACCUGUGCGUCGAGAAGCUAACUUGUGAUCUCUCCCGGAAGUACGACGCGGCUGCUGCCAAAGCGGCGCAGCACAUCUCCGUUAUCAAGACCCUAUCGGAAGCGUAUGACAGAUUGCACAGGGCGAACGAUUCCUGUGAGGAAUGCGUUGCUAACCUCGAGGCUGCGGUCAGUAAUAAAGUGAGCGACGGUCAUCGAGUGCGCAACCUUGCCGACAUCGCCGUCGAGAUGGAGUCCUUGAACACCAUGCGCAGUGAUGUGGACAACAAAAAACACAUAGUCGAAUCUUUCCUUAAUGUGUCUUCGGAUGUCAUACGAACUCUGCAGUCUGUACCCAUCGUCUCGUCGUCCGAAAUCGAGUCGGUCAGAAUGGUUUCUGACAGGAUCAAGAAAAGGUAUGAAGAAAGCGUUGACAAACUGAACGACUACAUGACAGUGGUGAAGGCAAGACUGGUGAAAUCUGAGGACACGCGUAAGAGCAUCGAUUCCAUUGAACAAUCGUUGGAGAUGACGUGUCACGCAAUAUCUGAUCUACAGUCUGGCUCGGUCAUAUCGCCCACCCAUUUGUCUGAGCAACUGACCGAGAAAUGCCGUGUGUUCACACAGCUUCAGGAAUGUCGCUCUGGCAUCGACGCGAUCGAGGAAUCGUUGCGCAAGUUAUGUGAUCGUGAAAAAUCGUCUGGCUCAGAUGCCCUGGUGCGAGAGGCGCAGAUGAGGCUAAAGUCGCUAAGGGAUCACUAUGACCGGGCGGUGAAGUCGUUUAAGGCUGUGGACUCUGACUUGCAACAGGCGCAAAAUCGUGUUGGCAAGUUUCAGGAAACGGUGAAGUGCUGUUCAUCUUUCCUGGACAGCAUUGAGCACUCGUUGGCCAGUGCCGAACAAAGCAACGAUGAGCUGUCGGCCCGUGCGGCUGCUCUGGACAAAUUGAAGGUCGACUUAGCGGUUCAUAGCGCUGAUUUCCGCUUGCUUGAAGAAUCUUUCGCGGACGCACUCAAAAUUGUCCACCUGGCACCUUCAUACAUCGCCUCAUGUAAAAAUGACAAAGAGGCAGUGCUGUCGAGACUGGAGAGCGUGAACGCGUGUUUGGACCAACAGUCGCGAUCCAUCGACCAGCAGCAGCAGCAAGCAGUUCAGUAUGAGGCUGCCUUCGACAACGUCCGGCGGCAGCUAGAGCAACUGCAGAGUCGAGCUGACCACCUGACACCAUCGUCGCUGUCCGGCCCAGUUCUUGAACGCCAAAUCGAGGAGGUGAAUACGCUGCUCGAAAUCCAUCACACGAUCGGCUCACAGAACCUUGAUCUGCAAAAGUUGCUGCCGUCGUGCGACAUUAGUGCUGUUCCGCCCAAUGCUGCUCAACAACUGGAGGCACUGACGAAACAGUACGAGCAGGUAGGCUCAACGUUGAUGGAAGCCAGUUCAAGGUUGCAGAAAACCACCUCUCAAUUGACUGACUACAAGACGCACUACGAGCAGGUAUUCCAGUCUGUCAGUGAAGUCUUAACGAAGAUCAAGUCGGUCGCGUUCUGUACUGACAAAGAGGCGACGGCAUCAUCGAUGGACUCGAUCAAGGUACCUGUGUCGUACUGA